UUAGUUCAAAGCUUGAUUAAUUAAAUUUUUAUAAAAAUGCCUGGAGAUUUUAGUCAAAAUUGAUAUGUACACAAUCAUAUUCCUACAUUAAAAAUAGUUUGAGAAAAGAAUUUGUACAUACAUACAUAGAUAUAUGUUAUGCUCAAAGGUUUCUGCUAUAUAAGAAUGCACUGCAGAGUUUACAGUCAGCAGUAUUUUCAAAGCUUCCGUUAGAUGCAAAGCGGCUUAAAAACUUUUCUAUUCGUCAGUUGUAACAAAAAAAGGUUUUAACAGUUUUUACAAAUGAAACGGCAAAUUGUAUCAAUUAUUUUGUACGAGUAUGUGUUAUUUUCAAAAGUUCUGAGCCUUGCUACGCCCUCUUUGAAAUAUUUACCGCCUGGAAAUAUUGGUGUUCCUUCUCGUCAAUACUUGCAGUAUAAAAUAGUGAAAGAAGCACCGUAUGGUGUAGCAUACGAACGUGGUACAAAUAGUGGACGAACAAAAUAUGUUGCAACAAAGCAAAUACCUAUCGUCAGACAGGACUAUGCAAGCGAUUCAAGCGGAAAUUAUAAUUUUGGAUUCGAAACUGCGAAUGGUAUUCAACGCGCUGAAUCGGGUGAUGUUCAAGGCAAACCGAAGAGUUCACUAAACGUGAAGGGUUCCUAUUCUUACAUAGGAGAUGAUGGUCGUACAUAUACCAUUAAUUAUAGAGCCGAUGAAAAUGGAUUUCAUGCUGAGGGUGUUCAUUUACCAACGCCUCCGCCUUUCUAUGGCCAAAGUCAUAUUGGAGGAACUUUCUCUGGUGGAGGUUCUCAAAACAAAGUCAAUGUGUACUCACCAUCGAUUCAAUAUCUACCACCACAACGGCUUGUUUCGAAACGCCAUUAACAAGGCAUUAUCAAAACUUGGCUGACUAUCCAAAACUAGUUUAAUCUUAAUAUAUACUGGAGCUGAAUAACAUAUACAUGAACUUCUGUAUCUUUUUAUAUACAAUUAAAAUAAAUACUUAACAUUUGCAUUUUA